GAACGCAGCGUUGUAAGAGCGGGCGGUAGCUGGUCUGCGCCCGGAGCUGCAGAGCUAGUGCAGGAAGUAACCACGGCCAGGUACGCUAGCGUCCGGCCUCUGUGAACGGGCACCGCGGCCUUUACGAGUGCUGGAUUAAAAGCAGAUACAUCGUUAUCAAACCCGCGGCCAUGGCGGCUGAGACUGCGAGGGUAGAGCCCGCGGAGAGCGAACAAGAAGAGGAAGUCGAAGAUGUGUACGAAGUGGAGCGGAUAAUAGACAUGCGGGUGGAAGAGGGUGACGUGCUCUACAGAGUCCGUUGGAAGAAUUACUGCUCGGAUGAUGACACUUGGGAGCCAGAGGCCCAUUUAGAGGACUGUCGCGAGGUCCUCUUAGCUUUUAAAAAGUCCAUGGCUGAGGUCAAGGCCAAGAAAGAGGCAGAAGCCAAGAAGAUUGUGGUGAGUAAACCGCUGCCUACAAAGAGUGACGUUUUUGAUGCCGACUCUGAGAGUGAAAGUGAGGGCAAAGACCAUCCAACUGAGGAGGCCAUCAAGAAAAAGAAAAAGACAAAAGUCCGGGAAAAAGAGGAGGAACCAACUCCAAAAAAGAAGAAGAAGAAAGACAGACGGAAGGAGGAGUUCAGGCCUCUACCGGCACCCGAGACAGAUGAUGAAGACGAAGAAGAAGAGGAGAGAGCCUCUACUCCACCCUCUCCUCUCAAGGAGAAAAAGACUGAUUCAAAAAAACGUUUGGUUGACUCUGAAGAAGAGGACGAUGAGCAUGUUCCCUCCAAAAAACACAAGAAGGAAAAGGGGAAAGACGGAGGAAAGCAUAAGAAAGAAAAGGGAGAGGAGGGGAAGAAAAAGAAAGGGAAGAAGGAAAGGAAGACGGAGACCUCUGAAGACGAGGCCGCCGCACCUCUAGAAGACGACCUGAGCUUGUCGGAGUCCCCAAUGGACGAUACUGCAUCAACGGAUGCUGCGGUAAAGUCAGCCGAAAAAGCCCGUCUGGACGACAAAGGCAAACCAAAGAAAGGGAAGUGGGAAGUAAAGCUGCAGGGCAUUAAGGAUCUCAUCCAUGACAAAAAGAGCAAGAAGCCAGAUGCCACCCAGAAGGAAAGCAGCCUCCAGAAACUAAAGAACCUCACCUCUAAAGUCAAAGAGGAUGCUGCUCUCCACUCAGACUCCAGUGAUAGCUCCACCCUAUACAAGAAGGCCAAGAGCAAAGGGCAGGAGAGCACGUCAGCACCACCCAAAGUCCCGUCUUCCUCCACAUCCUCCUCGUCCUCCUCGUCCUCUGUCACCGCAGCUAGCAGCACCAAGCUGAAGGAGGAUGAAGUGGCUAAAGAGGAGGUAUUGGGACAGAAAGAUGCCACGGGCUCCACUAAUCUGUUUGAAAAGUUCUUGUUAACCUGCGAGGCCAAGGACAGGGCCCCCCGCAGGCCGCCAGUGCAUCAGCCCGCCACAGAGAAGAUCAGCAGCAAACCCACAAAGCUAAUAGGGAAGAUUGAGAAGAUCUCCAAGACGACCAAAGAGUCUCCAGCUCAAAAACCAGAACCUGAGAAGAUGGAGAAGACCAAGCAAUCAGAUGUCUCCAGACCCGGCCAGAGUUACGGCUUCAGCCUGGACAGUGACGAGAGGGAGGCAGAAGAGUCUACAGCGAUGCAGAAACCGGGAGAGGAUUCCCGGGAGAGGAAGGAGAGGCCAGAGGAGGCCCAGCGGCCCGGCAGGGAGAAGAAGACCCCAACAGAGGACAGGAGAAAGAGGAGAGAGGACAGUGAGCCCAGACUCUUCAUGGCAUGUGAUGACAGUCAGGACCCACAGGAACCACCAGAGGGCGCUGACAAAUCUGACAAAGGCCAAGCCACUUUGAAUCUAGGAAUGGAUCUUAACCUGGACUGGAUGACUCUGGAUGACUUCCAGAAACAUUUGAACGGGGAAGAUGAGAUCCUGUCAGGUCCACCGUUGUCACCCAGUGAGUUGCGGGAUGCUGUGAAAAGUGGAGAUUACAUGGCUGUAAAAUUGGCACUCAAUUCCAAAGAGGACUACAAUCUGGACCAAGAGGCUUGUACUAUUGGUGAGACGGGGUCAAUUGAAGGAGAGAGGCGCUUGAUUGAAGAGAGAAGUUCGAGCAAUGCUCUUAGGUUGACUUCUAACCUUGACAGUACAAGAAAUGACGAGGGUACUCCAAGAGUAAAAGACAACAUCCAACAAGAUAUGGAUUGUCCAAAAGACGGUGAAAAAAUGCCAUGCGGCCUUUUCGGUAUUAACACUGAGCAAGUGACACUGAGGAAAAAUGAAAAAGACGAUGAUAAAACGGAACAAAAGGGUGUAGCUAACGCGCAAAGGUCCCUUGGGGAAGCUAAUGACUUAAGUGAUGAGGCAGAGCAAAUGAUGGCAGGUCAGUCAGAUGGUACAGAUCAAGUUCUGUCUGAGUCGGGCACAAAGGAGAUUCCUGAGAGGCACUCACGGCGCGGCAAGAAAACUGUAGAGAACAAACAGCCAACACGAUGCAGUUCAAGGACCUGUAAGAAAGUGUUUGAAAUAAUACCUAGCACAGUGGAUGAUGAGAGAAAAGAGACAGGAAAAAAGCACUUCUGUUUAUAUUGCAAAAUGGCUUUUACCCAACUUGCAAAGCACUUGGAAAAGAAACAUUCAGAGGAAAUAGACGUUGCCCAUGCAAUACACUUUCCUAAAGGUUCCAAAGUUAGACAGUCUUUGCUUGACCAAAUUCGCAAUAAAGGAGAUUAUGAACAUAAUUGCCAAGUUCUCAAAAGUGGCGAAGGGGAAAUUGUGACCAAGAAACAGGUUAAAAAUCCCGGCAUAUCAGUUCGUGACUUCCUCCCUUGCCAGCACUGUUUUGCUUUUUAUCGCAAAACUGAUUUAUGGAGACAUGAGCGGUCGUGUAAGGCCAAAAAAGGAGAUCAGAAACCGUCUGAUGGGACGAAAAGAAGCAGAGUCCACAGUGCUGCGUCCCGGCUGCUUCCAAUGUCAGAGUUCUUAACAGGAGGCUGUGAGGAAAUUAUUCACAUCAUGCAUCAAGAUGACAUCUCAAGGCACAUCAGAAAUGACCCACUUAUUUGUAAAUUUGGCAAUGCCUUGUCUGCUAAGUAUGACCAUGACAAGUCACAGUUUGCUUAUAUUGCCCAAAAGAUGAGGGAACUGGGUAGAUUCGUGGUGGCUGUAAAUGAGCUUGACAAGAGCGUGAAGUACUUGCAUGAAAUAUGUCUACCAUCCAAAUUUGAAUUAGCCGUUGAAGGGGCCAAAAAAGCUAGUGGUUUUGACCCCUGUUCCAGUAAGUUUAAAACCGUUUCCCUUGUUACGAAGAUCGGCUACUCUUUGAAACGAGCUGCGGAAAUAGCUUUUGGGGAAAGUCGCAUGACAGAGGACAGUGAAACUGAAAGUGAAGUGAAAAAGUUCAUACAACUUCUUGAUACAAAAUGGAGUGAGUGUUUUUCUCGCAGAUCUCUUGCAUUAUCUCUAAAGCAAGAAGUCAAGAAAGUGGAAGUAGACAAAUCAACUGUGACAGAAGAUUUGAUAAAACUCCACAAGUUUAUCUCAGGGGAAGAAGAGGAAGCUAGGAAGGAUUUGAAAGAGAGUCCUAAUUUGUCAACAUGGAAAAAGCUCAGCGAGGCCACUCUGGCAGAUGUGUGUCUGUUUAACAGAGGAAAGGUAGGAAAUAUCGGCAGAAUGCUCUUGCAAACUUACACUUGCAAAAAGAGUAGGGGAACAUUUGUGCCCACAGCAGAUCAAAUAAGGAAAAGCACAAAAUUGGAGCUUGACCUUGGUAGCAGUUUCACCAGGUUAGAACUAGAGGGUCAGUACGGGAGGAACAUGCUGGUUAUGCUAACGGAAAGGAUGGUUUUGUCAAUUGACUUACUCAUUGAAAGUCGAGAACAGGCUGGUGUGUCAAAAACAAACCCAUACCUGUUUGCACGGACUGAAGGUCCAUCCUUCAUCAGAGGAUUGGAUUGUUUCCGAAGGUCUGCAAUGGAAUGUGGAGUUAAAAACCCAGAAGCACUCUUGUCCUCAUCAUUAAGAGAGCAAAUUGCCAGCUGCUGGCAGCUAAUGAGCCUCAGUGAAGGUGAAGUAGAUCAAGUGGCCAAGCUGUUAGGAAAGAGCAGCGAGGAGUGUUAUAGCCUCUCAAAAAAUGCAUCACAGCUGGAGGAAGUGAGCAAACAACUUCUCAAGAUGGAUCGAACACUGCCUUCAGAUUCACCCAGCACUGCAAGUGAUGGAACUGCGCAGAAGGUCGCUUUAAAGAGAAGACCAUGGAAUGAGAGGGAGCAGGCUGCAGUGAAGCAUUACUUGAGUGAAUUUUUCACAGGGUUGAAGGUUCCAGGCAAAAAGGAGUGCAAUGCUUGCAUAGCUGCUGAACCAGAUCUUGGUGGAAGAUCUUGGACAGAUGUCAAAAACUAUGUACACAACACUCUACAGACAAUAAGAAGGAGAAAUAACCAGCAUAAGACUGAAGGAAAUGUAAAUGUGAGUCCAUUGCAUCCAAAAGAUGGAGUGCAAACCACAGAGAAAGAUAUAGAAGACUCAAACAUUGUCUGUAGUCUGACAACAGUGCAUCCAGAUCACCUGAGAGAAAGUUCACAUUGUUGUAUGACAAUGGCUCCAACCAACUUCCCCCAAGAGAUGACUUCAACAUAUGCAUCCUUGUGUUCUACUGGUGCAAACAUGAUCCAUGCAGGUCAACCGUUGAUUUCUACUUUCACACCAUUGAAUGCUACGGAUACACAAGUGGUUCCUACAUUUACUCCACAUAACACUACAAAUGCACUAAUGCCUCCUUCUUACACAUCAGAGAACAGCAUAAUUAUGCCAUUGUCUCCUUCUUAUACACAGAAUGCCACAAUUAUGCCACCAUCUUCUGUGUAUAUACCCCAGGACACAACAGGAUCAACAAUGAUUCCUAAUUUUGCCACCUUUACUUCUCCAAGCACCUCAAUGAUUCCUACAUUCACGCCAUUGACUACAAGUGCACCAAUGGUCCCUGAAUUCUCAACACUAAAUGACAGAAGUAGGCCUAUCAUUUCUUCGUUCACACCUCUGAACCAUUCAGGUGCACCAGCUUACCCCACAGGCUCUUCCCCAUGUAGGGCCCCUACAACUGCACAGGUUGUCCCAACAAUCCAUAGACCUAGUGCUCUUGACAGAACACCUCUUGUACAGGAAACCGUGUCUGCUGCCGGAAAAGGAGUUACUCCAGCUGUCAAGCCUCAAAAGAGAAACAAGAGGUUGUGGAGUAAGGAGGAACAGGCUGCGGUGAGGCGUCAGUUUGGAGACUUGUGUAAACUGGUCAAAGUGCCAGGCAAAAAGGAUUGUGAUGCAUGUUUAGCUGCUGAACCUGCUUUGAACACCAGAACAUGGAGGGAAGUCAAAUAUUUUGUACAUAACGCAAUUCAGUCAAUGAAAAGAAGAGGGCAUGUUGUUGCCACCAAACAAAGUGGAGGUCAGGAACCAGAGACUCAUAAUAAUCCAAACACAGAUUGGGAUGGUCCUGUUUAUCUGUCCCUGUAAAUAUUUGUAACGGACUUCCAAAAAAUAAGUAUUAAAAUAGGUGAUCUGGGAGAUUUUAGAGAUGUGAGAGGGCUGUGCUUUUAACCUCACAUUAUAUGGGGCUUAAGAAUUCUGUGGCUGUGAAUUGUUGUAAAAUGUACUGUCAGUGAACCAUGGUCUCAGUAGCCAUGCGGAUCUUGACAAUUACAGACUGCCUUGCCAUUCAUUUUAUCACACUUUUUGAAAAGGUCUUGAAGUAUCCGGAAUCAAGUCCACCGGACCAAGCUAUUGGCGCACUGUUGCAUGAAUAUACAUGAAAUGGGUAAAACAAAGGACAUUUGUAUUGUAGCUUUGGCUCAGAAAAGGCUAUCAAUGUUUGUAUAUGGUUCAAUUGCAUAUACACAUGUUUCACAGUCAAAUACAGUAUGUACAUCUAAAGUACUCUAAUUUAGAUGUGAUAAUUUAGUAUAUGUGAACCUCAUUUAGCUAGGAUUUGCAACUUCCCACCAGUCAUUGGCUGUGGCAAAUAGCCACUGUGGCACCCUUUUACAGUUGUUGUUUUUUAAGCAAUGGCUGGGUUGUUUGGGACUCCCCAGCCAAUGUGUGACCAGGGGUCUCAUUUAUAAACGUGCCGUACGCACAAAACGGGACGGAAAAUGUGCGUAAGACACUUCACAAGCAAAGGUUGUGAUUUAUCAAAAACAAACUUGACGGGAGAAUUUGCUGUCCUCCGCGCAAACACUAACCCACGCGUACGCACAUUUCGUAGACAAUGGGAAUUGGCGACGCAGACGGUGAGGUGGUGAACUGAUGUCAGACUGCAGAAAGUAAACGUGGGAAUAAUGAUUUCUCUUAAUAUUUUCAAGUAUUGAUGUCUCACACACGUUUUUUUUCUCUCCAUAUCAUCCACAAUUAUUGUGAAGAUAAAUCCAGUAGUGUCAUUUGUGCUUGUACUGAGUUAUAUUUGUUCCGUAAACACCUUGUAAAAUCCAACUAAAAUCUUAAAUCAAAAUUCUUAAGUAAUCGCCUCUGUCUCAUCGCCACGUUGUCCGUUACAGAGCGCAGGAGGAUGAAAUGGCCCAACUCCGUGGAAUACAUGAUAGCAUACCCUACCAUUAGAUAACAGCAGAACACACUGUAAAUAACUAAAUGACUGCCUUUUAAUACUGUGCAUAUAUAAUCAAAUGUCAAAGUCUGAAAAUACAGCUGUUAAUAUGAGUUCUCGCGCAGCCGUUACACUUAAUGUCCUCACUAUCGGUCCGAACUUUAAUACUGUUGGUGACAAAACCUGCAUGAAGAAAAGUGGGUUUCCUAUUAGACUUUCAUCUUCAAAUUGCAUCUGGGUGGGGGAUAUAGUUGCUUUUGGCAAGAUGUUAACAAUCACAAAUUGUUGCUAAUAAAAGUACUGCUGGGGUCCAUUAACACAGUGAUUCCCAAAGUGGGGGUCGGGACCCACAGGGGGGUCGCGAGCCAGAGAGAGGGGGGUUGCAAGUUGAUUUCCAGAAAUAAAAUACAAAUUUAAAAACGAUUAAAAAUAGCAUAUUUUAGCCAUGAUUUUAACACAAGAUAAACUGUUGUGUUAUUUUGUGUUGUCAAUAUGCUCAUUUUGGAUACGCCUAUAGUGCGUGCGCGGUUGUGCGCAAUGUUUAUAUACGUUUAUAGUGGGGGGGUCGCAAGUCACUUGCACCGUUACUUUGGGGGUCGUGGGCUGAAAGUUUUGGGAACCCCUGCAUUGACAUACUAAUCUGCAUUCACAAGGUGCUUUGCAUUGCCUAUUUAUUGUUAAAAAUGGGCGUGUACAGGGCGGAAUAAGAGGCUGAUUCAAGUACGCACACUUGUAAGUAAUCUAAGAUUCAUAAAGGGAACGUUGCUUACAGAUGUGCGUGCGCACGGUUUUAUAAAUCUGAAUUGCUUUUGGAGUACGCCAUUUUUGGCUUUUGGGAGUACGUACGCUUUUAGUAAGGAUCCUACGCACAGUUUUAUAAAUGAGACCCCUGGACGUUUCCCAUUAGCACUGAGCAAAUGCAGCCUCAGUCACUGUACAUUUCCAAAAGGAUUUUUCCUUUUUAUUUCUUAAAAACCUACUGAGACACCUAUCUAUCUUUCUGCCUCUACUGUUUUCAGUAGCAUUUUUAUGAUAUUAAUGGUGAUGAUCAUGAUCAAAAACCUUCCAACAAAUCUUUGCAUCUAGUCCCGCCAACAUGAUACUGUAGAUGUGCAUAGACGUGCUUUACAUGAUUCCCAAAUGCCUGGUCCAAGUGUACUGUAUUCUUGCUUUAGCCAGCCGCCUAUACUGUAGAUGGUGCCUGAUAGCCUGCAGCAGUGAUGGCAUUCCUCCCUUGCUGAUGUUAGACAGUUAGGAGCUCCGUUUGUAUACCUCCUUAAUUAUGAAAAAUAUUUUUUCUUUGAGAAUUAUGUUGAUAAGUGUUCAUUAUCUUCAUUUAAGUUUUUUUCCAUGUGUGUCAACUAGCUGCCAAAAGAUAUGGUUGUAUUUUUGUAUCACUAUACAGCAACUCUGUAUAUCCUGUAAGUACUUUAUCAUAUUUGAUAUGCUUUAAUUUGAGGUAAAUACACUACAUUGCAGAAUGCUUUUUAAGAUGUGGUUGUUUGUGACAUUAAUACCCAGUUGCCAAGGUCAGAUUGCCUUCUUUUGAUUAUUUGCUUGAUUGUAUUUUUUUCCUAUGGAUGUGAUCACAUCUAACACACAGCAUAGUAAGCAGUUUUUGUUUUUAAGAAGUAAAGCGUUAUUACAAAAGUUAAUACAUUUAAAUAUUGAGAAAUGGGUAUAGAGUGGGGAAAUCUUGUGUACCAGACCUUAAACAGUAAAUAAAGUUUCAUUCAUUGUGGAUGAGAUGAUCAAGAUUUAACUUAAUUCAGAAUGUCCCUAGCAUUGUCUCCUUUAACUGAAAACGCAGUUUAGAAAUUGCAAAAGAAAUGGCACACUUCAUUUUAAGCAAACCCUGAAAAUGAACUAAAGUUAUGAUUAAGAGUUCCAGAUAGCACUGCUGUUUGUUAACGAUUUUGUGUUGUCACCCUUUCAUAUCAAAUCCAUUAGUGUCAGACAUCAGAAAACCCAUUUUAAGGCCGCAUUCAGAAAGCCUUUGUCAGCCGUCCGACUGUCCAGCAACAAACAGGUCUUUCCAUUUACUUUUAAUGGAGGUUGUUGGGUGUUGCCACAGGGGAGAAAAAACGCAGCGGACCUGUGACAAAAAGUUGAGACCGACUCAACUUUUGAAGAAACCCAACAUCACGCUGCAGUAGCCAAUCAUGUAAGCGGAAAUCAGAUUGUCUGUGUGUGAAGAGCUGUGGUUUGAGGCAGUGUGAGAAUCCCGUACAGUUAACAGGAACAAUCACGGCCCUUAUAGCUGCCAAAAGAAAGUUUUCAAACAAUGAGAGUAAAAAAAAAAACUAAACUCAAGCACUGAAAUGCCCGGGAAUUAGGGUUAAUAGUGUAAUGGCUCAAUGUUUCCUUCAACAACAAGCACUCGCUGUCUCGUUUGUCUGUUCUCUCUCUCCCUCUUGAAGGGGUUAUAUCUGUGUUCAGUUUACAUUUUGUUUGGCAAAUAAAUCUCUUCAAGGUCUAGAGUUCACACACUAUCUUCGCGGUUGGAUGUUGCAAAGUAAUGUUUCCUUUUCUCUGUGGAUAACUUUCUUACAUUGCUAUUGUAUAAGCAGACAGUGCGUGUUACUCUUUAUCCUGUUGUAAUUAUGUUCUUAUCAAGUAUUGUAAGUAACUUAUAACUUCAGCUUGUACAAUAAAAUGCUUAUUGUAUUCAAAUGUGAA